GCUCAUUUCUGUGAUGGGUGCACUGCGCAUCCCUUCCUCUGCCCUCAGUUGCUUGUGUUUGUGCUUUUGCUGCGCAGACAAAAAUUCCAGGGAUUGUUGUCGGUUGGCCAACCCAUAGCUUCCUGUCCCCUGCCGGAAUGUUUUAAUUCGUCCAUCCUCUCUUCUUCGAAUGAAUCGCAGAAUAUCUUUCGAAGUAGUGUCAAGCUGUAAGGGGCGUCCAGCGGGCUGCAUAUAUACACACACAACACUACUAGACCGGUUAUCUGUUUAUCAGAGGCAGGCUCUCAUAGAGCUCCGAGUCGGAGAGUGAAUGAGGUUGAUGCUGUUCUGUUGUAACUGGAAGGACGAACGUAUGGGAGAGGAGGAAGCUGGCAGAAGCUUGCCCGUGUGUGCGGGAUGCAGACAACGGAUCUAUGAUGAACAGUAUCUCCAGGCACUCAACAAUGACUGGCACACUGUAUGCUUCAGAUGCUGUCAGUGCAGUGCCUCCCUGUCCCACUGGUACUAUCAGAAGGAGGGCCGGCUCUUCUGCAAGAAGGAUUACUGGGCCAAGUUCGGAGAGCUGUGCCAUGGAUGCAACGACCCCAUCACAACCGGCCUGAUCAUGGUUGCAGGGGAACAGAAGUACCACCCAGAAUGCUUCACCUGUCUGAACUGCAGAGCCUUCAUCGGAGACGGAGACACCUACGCACUGGUGGAGAGGUCCAAACUAUACUGUGGCCACUGUUACUACCAGACCAUUGUGACGCCUGUGUCCCUGUCAGACUCACCAUGCUCCAGGAUCCCCCACACGGUGACCCUGGUGUCCAUCCCAGCCUCCACAGACGGGCGGAGAGGGAUCUCGGUCGCCAUCGACCAGCCUCUCAGCCCUCUCAGUCCCAACGGCUACGGCCCUGAACACACUGUCAGGGUGUCACAGGUGGACUCUGAGUUGAUCAGUCCAGAUGUGAAGAACUCCAUACAUGUCGGAGACCGGAUCCUGGAGAUCAACGGAACACCCAUCAGGAACGUUCCUCUCGAUGAGAUUGACCUGCUCAUCCAGGAGACCAGUCGUCUACUCCAGCUGACCAUAGAGCACGACCCCCACGACCAGGGGGGUUCAGAGGGGGAGACGGUGGACGGACCCCUGAUCACUCCUCUGUCUGGCGGUCCCAGCCCCAUCCUCCCCAUCACCCAACCCCCACACCCAGACAUCAAUAACCUACGCUCACGCAUGAUCACACGGAGCUACAGUAUUGAUAAGUCUCCGUGCUCCAGUAACGCAGCGUCCCCUCUCUCUCAGAGGAAGGACAUUAACCGCUCCGAGUCACUGCGGGUCGUCUCCAACAGUCGCAUGCACCGGAUCUUCCGGCCCUCAGACCUCAUCCAUGGAGAGGUGCUGGGAAAAGGCUGCUUUGGACAGGCCAUCAAGGUGACCCACAGAGAGACAGGGGAGGUGAUGGUGAUGAAGGAGCUGAUUCGUUUCGAUGACGAGACACAGAGGUCAUUCCUAAAAGAAGUGAAGGUGAUGCGUUGUCUGGAGCACCCCAAUGUGCUGAAGUUUAUAGGUGUCCUCUACAAAGACAAGAGACUCAAUUUCAUCGCAGAGUACAUCAAAGGAGGAACCCUGAGGGAGAUCAUUAAGAAAAUGGAUAUCAACUACCCUUGGAAUCAGAGAGUGAGCUUUGCUAAAGACAUUGCUGCAGGGAUGUCAUAUCUGCAUUCCAUGAACAUAAUCCACCGCGACCUGAACUCAUACAACUGUCUUGUCAGAGAGAAUAACAGUGUGGUGGUGGCAGACUUUGGGCUGGCUCGGCUGAUGGUGGAAGACAAGAUCCAGGACAAGAGUCUCCUGCAGAAGAAGCCUGACCGCAGGAAGAGAUACACUGUAGUGGGCAACCCCUACUGGAUGGCCCCGGAGAUGAUCCACGGGAAAAGCUAUGAUGAAAAGGUGGACAUCUUUUCCUUCGGGAUCAUGCUUUGUGAAAUCAUCGGUAGGGUUAAUGCAGACCCAGAUUACUUGCCCAGGGCCCAUGACUUUGGGCUGAAUGUGACAGGCUUCUUAGAGCACUUCUGUCCUCCAGACUGCCCCCCUGCCUUCUUCCCUAUGGCUGUCCUCUGCUGUGACCUGGAUGCUGAGAAACGCCCCGCCUUCACCAAGCUGGAGGAGUGGCUGGAGAACCUGAAGAUGCACCUCGAGAUCCGCCUGCCGGUGGUGUCUGAGCUCGACGCGCUACACAAAGCAUUCUGGGGAAACCACACUGCCCCCACCAUGGCUUGCACAGCCAUGCGGUCUGAAAACGGCCUACCCCCGCACCCCGAGACUCCGGAGUAGAAGGGAUCCGGAACAGAGCGGAAUGCUGCUCGUCUCAGCCCAUGAGAGUGGUCAGAGAGAGGGGCUUAUGGUGGUGGCAAUGGAGUAGUUGCAUUGCACUGUCCAGGGAGGGGUGGGGCAGGAGCUCUGUACGUACCUCCUCAUGCCACAGCAGUCACAGUGGUCAUGUAGGCUGACAGUGGGCUGUCGAUGGGCUGUAUAGACUCAGGGGAAACGAUGAUGGGAAAAGCCAGCCUUGCCUAAAGGCACUCACCCAUUCACCUCCAACCAAGAGAGACUCACUCAGACUAACAUUACCACUAUCAUAGCUUCAGUCUGAUGAUUGCUGUACCUUAGCUGAAUGUCAGGCUGGUAACUGCUAGCUAGCAGUAUCAGUCAAUCCCAGCUGUGAAAUCAUCCAUAUUAACACUCAUGUAAUCUUUAUCUUAUGGUGUUAAAGCAUAUUCAGACAUCUCUAAAACAGAAAAGAAGAAAGGAUGCUUCAGCCUCAUUGGUAAGGCUCCUUCCUCCAGAGUAUUUGUGCAACAACGUGUUUGAAAAGUGUUCCUCUGUGUGACUUUGGUUUGAUUUUACGAUAUCAAAACCGCUUUUUGAAAUGCUAAAGAAAGGGGCCUUUUAUGUGGAUAAAACAAAACGCAUAAGUUGAGACGCACACACACAGUCCAGAUGUAGAAUAUAAUCGAGCAAAAGCUUUGAGCAUAAACAAAAAGCUUUUUAAACAUUGCAUGACUGUAAAUAGCCCAGUCUGUGUCCAGUAAGCCUUGUCUGUUGUCUCCUCCUCUCCCCCUCUACUGAUGACAUGUGUGUCCCAAAUGGCAUCCUAUUCCCUUUAUAGUGCACUGCUUAAGACCAGGUCCCAAAGGGUAUUACCAAAGUAGUGCAUUAUAGGGUGCCAUUUGGGAUGUAUUCUUAAAGUGAUAUCCCUGGUAGUGUAGAAUACAUGGUCCAUGAAUGACUGUGUUCCUUCUCUCACUGUGCAACACUGACUUCACUUUGAGGUAGACUUCUUUCAUACCUUUUGUACAUUUUUCUAUUUCAUUUGAGUUUAUUACUCUCUUUCUCCUUAUUUCAUUCACGUCGAGGUGAAAUCUUGUGUAUUCAGACAAACGUUUGGACACACCUACUCAUUCCAGGGUUUCUUAAUUUUUUUACUAUUUCUAAAUUGUAGAAUACUAGUGAAGACAUCAAAACUAUGAAAUGACACAUAUGGAAUCAUGUAGUAACCAAAAAAGUGUAAAACAAAUCAAAAUAUAUUUGAUAUUUGAGGUUCUUCAAAGUAGCCACCCUUUGCCUUGACGACAGCUUUACACACUCUUGGCAUUCUCUCAACCAGCUUCAUGAGGUAGUCACCAGGAAUGCAUUUCAAUUAACAGGUGUGUCUUUCUUUCCUUCUUAAUGCGUUUGAGGGGGGUGUAGGGGUGGCAUACCGAAGAUAUCCCUAUUUGGUAAAAGACCAAGUCCAUAUUAUGGCAAGAACAGCUCAAAUAAGCAAAGAGAAACAACAUUCCAUCAUUACUUUAAGACAUGAAGGUCAGUCAAUACGGAACAUUUUAAGAAGAGACUGUGAAUCAGGCCUUUUUUUUUCUUUAUUUUACUAGGCAAGUCAGUUAAGAACAAAUUCUUAUUUUCAAUGACGGCCUGGGAACAGUGGGUUAACUGCCUGUUCAGGGGCAGAACGACAGAUUUGUACCAUGUCAGCUCGGGGAUUCGAACUUGCAACCUUUCGGUUACUAGUCCAACGCUCUAACCACUAGGCUACCCUGCCACCCCAUGGUCAAAUUGCUGCACAGAAACAACUACUAAAGGACAACAAUAAGAAGAAGGGACUUGCUUGGUCCAAGAAACACGAGCAAUGGACAUUAGAACGGUGGAAAUCUGUCCUUUGGUCUGAUAAGUCCAAAUUUGAGAUUUUUGGUUCCAAACGCCAUGUCUUUGUGAGACGCAGAGUAGGUGAACGGAACGGAUGAUCUCCGCAUGUGUGGUUCCAACCGUGAAGCAUGGAGGAGGAGGUGUGAUGGUGUGGGGGUAUUUUGCUGUUGACACUGUCAGUGAUUUAUUUAGAAUUCCAGGCACACUUAACCAGCAUGGCUACCACAGCAUUCUGCAGCGAUCCCAUCUGGUUUGUGCUUAGUGGGACCAUCAUUUGUUUUUCAUUAUGACACUGACCCAACACACCUCCAGGCUGUGUAAGGGCUAUUUGACCAAGAAGGAGAGUGAUGGAGUGCUGCAUCAAAUGACCUGGCCUCCACAAUCACCCGGCCUCCACAAUCACCCGACCUCAACCCAAUUGAGAUGGUUUGGGAUAAGUUGGACUGCAGAGUGAAGGCCAACAAGUGCUCAGCAUGUGGGAACUCCUUAUAGACUGUUGGAAAAGCAUUCCAGGUGAAGCUGGUUAAGAAAAUACCAAGAGUGUGCAAAGCUGUAAUCAAGGCAAAGGCUACUUUGAGGAAUAUAAAAUAUAUUUUGAUUUAUUUAAUACUUUUUUUGGUUAUUACAUGAUUCCAUAUGUGUUAUUUCAUAGUUUUGAUGUCGUCACUAUUAUUCUACAAUGUAGAAAAUAGUAAAAAAUAAUAAAGAAAAACCCUUGAAUGAGUAGGUGUGUCCAAACUUUUGAUUGGUACUGUAUGUAGCCAGUGAUAUUAUAAUAUGUAAAUGUUUUAAAUAUUGUAAAUGUACAGACAUAUUUUGUAUACUUAUAAUGUAUGCUACAUUGUUAUAUUUUUAUUGGGCUACUUGUUGAAAUUAAGGAGAAGAAAAACACAAAAAGUUAGUCAGUAGUAGCUGAUAUGGAGCAGAUUCCUUUCAACAGUGAUGAUGACUUCCUGUCUCGGGAUGCCAUGGUGACAGACAGAGAUAAGGGUAUUUUAGGAAGUUAAUACGAUGUAAGAGAGCAUCUUAGGGUCCUAGCUCCCCUCACUGUAAGUGUAAGCACUCUCACAUGAUGUGUCCCAUUUACUCCCAUCGUCGUCUCUCUGCAUAUCAAACGAUUUUGUCUACAGCAGCCUUUGAUCUGGUCUAGACUCCAGAGCCCUGACCAUGACCUCGGCUAUAACUACUCCGUAGGUAUCGCCUCAAUUGAAUGUAAUCGUAACAAGAGAAUCAACUCAGUCACAUAAAAAUACGGUUAUGUAGUUUGGCAUUAUAUACCAAACCACAUUUACCCUUUAUUCCUCUCAAAAGAAAUUGAGGAUGAUUUGUUAGUUGUUAAUAUAGAGCUCUUUAGUCAUCCAUAGCAGGACAGAUGUUGUGGGAAGUGUUGGAGACAGACAGACAGACAGAGACAGACAGUCAUGUCAUAGUGCCUGUCUGACCACAAUCCUCUCUGUCCUGGAGAAAAACCUAGUCACAACCCUAGUCUCCUCUACAUGGAGCUCCCUAUGGGAGGCCCUCUGUUUACACACAAACUGCUGGCUGUAAAUAUGAUCUAUAUUAUAUGUCUGUCGUUGUGCAUCGCAUACUACACUCUUGAAAAUAAUCUAUUUUACUGUAUGUCAAUUUUUCUCUUGAACACAUUGUCACUCAUUCUCUCACUCGUGUUCUUUUUCCAUCAAACAUUUUUUCUAUUCCUCUUUGCACUAGAAGAUGAGCUGCAUGGUGUACUUGCUACUGCGGUCACUUCUGCUGUAAAACCAAGCUAUUAUUUUCACUUUAAAACAGAAAUUGUUAUUGAAAGAAAGAAAGAGUAAGGAAAGAGUGUACAAAGGAGACGGAAAAGAUUAAAUAAAGAAAAAACACAGCAUCUCUUUUGAUAUAUAACGACUGAAAUCUUUUUGUAUAGAUUUGAGUACUUUGAUUUGCACUUUCAAUGUUGGAUUACUUGUGAUAAAGAACUAAAAUGACGUUGGCUGAUAAUAUGAAUGCAAGUCACUGAUGGCGCCUUUCAAUUCAGUUGUAAACAUGUGUCCUGGGAAAUUCUUCCUCCUUCCUAGCAAACCACAGUUCGGUGGCCAUUCUGAUGACUGCAGGUAUUGAUUAUUAGAUAACUCUAAUGUCAUAACAUGUCUGUGUCUAAACUGGUUCACAUUUCAGACAUAUGCUCAACUUUAAAAACAUGGAACAUGCAACUUUGAGGGGUACGAAAGAGAUGCCUCGCAGGCCUACCUAAUAAAUGUCCUAACUAUUCAGCCUUGCUAUUAAAAAUGAUUCUAGUUUGCUACAGAGAGGAUGAAAUAACCAUGGUCUGCCUGCUGCCUAUAGACCGAUCCUUUGUGAAUGAAGUUCUGUGUCUUCUUGACUGCUCCACCUUACUGUGAUGUCUCGAGGUUUAAAGCAUUGUUAGUCUGUCAUCAAAAGAAAGCCCUUUUCACACUAUUGUCCUGAACCGUAUAGCGCUGGCUAGAUAUUUUCUUUUCCAAAACGAUUCCAGAAACUAGGGUGGAAGCGAAACAAGGCCAAAUCCAUUUGGCUUGUCAUGGCUCAGUAAUGUGAAAAGGUUAUACUUACUGGCCUAUUCAAUCUCUACAAUCGCAGUAGUACAAUAAGCCUCCAAUGAGCAUGAAGUUCUCUACCUACCUGUAUAAGUAUAAAACAAGUACCGAAAAAUACAUCUUUCUUAUGUACAUCUUCUGCUAAUGUGUUAAUAAUGGGCAUAAUGGGAAUUUAAUUUAAGUGUGUAUAGGACUUUGCCAUGUUUGUGCGUAUGUAUCAUCAUGUCUGUCAAAGCCACAUUAUUGUCAAGUAUGUGUUUGUAUGGAUGAGAAUGUUUUCCGCACCACUUCUUUGCAAAGAAUCCUUACUGCUGAACAAUAUGCUGUGCCUUUGUUUAAAGCUAGCCUUGCCAACAACUAGACUCAACACGUUUGUUUGAACAGAUUUUUUUGUAUAAAAUUCAAGUGCAAGCCUGAUGAUAAUGAAUGGAUUUAACAUCGUUGCUGAUAUUUUGUUUUAUUUUGAUGAGACGUUCCGCUUGUUCUGUAUCAUAUUUAUAUUUUCCAUACUUCUCCAUCAUAAUUUUUGAUAUCUUAGGAAUUGUGGUUCAUUUGAUUUACUUUAUAUAUAUUUUUUUAAAUGUACACAAGCUGUGAACUAUUCUGCACUUUAAUCCUGAACGUGAACAUUGAGAACCCUAGGAGACCACUAUUUCAUCACAGCUGGAAUAAAAUUGUUGCUCUUUUAAUGA